AUGAAUGAUCCAUCAUCUUCAUCUGAAAGUGUUCAUAUCGCUACUUGUUGUUCAUCAUCAUCAACACCACCAAUGCCAAUGUUAACAACAAAUGAUUAUCUCGAUGGUCUGCAUUGUGUUCAUGAAGCACAAAAAGUAAAUGCAUCACCCGAAGAAAUUAUAUUUAAAUUACGUCUUUAUCUCGAAGAUAAAGUGGGCGGAAAAGAUAUCUUAAAGGCUAUUUUAACACUUAUACGUCAGCAACAAAUUAUUGAUUUUAAUAAUCAUAAAGAAUUUGAAUAUUGUACAAGUUUAUUACCACUUUUCAUGGUACUUAUUUGCUUAGAAAAUUCACUUACUGAACCAAGAUAA